AUAUGUUAUAAACACUCCCAACUCCUCUUCCCCGCCCACAAAUCAUUUCUGCUUUUAUGGCGACACCAUCGUCGUGGGCGUCGCCGCCGCAACCGCCGAUAAUCCGAACCUGGAGAACAGCAUUUCUCACUCUAAGAGACGAAACCCUAACAACUCGAAGUCCAAAAUCAGAAUCAAAAUCACUUCCACAACUCCUUCACGAUUUACUGUUCUCCUCUCCCACUCUUCUCUCCGCCGCCUCCGAUCUCCCUUCUCACGAAAUUACCUCUGAUUUGAUAUUUUUACUGGAAUUGGUGGCAAAUUCAUCACAAGAUUUCAUUUCAGUGUACCCUCACAUUUCACAUUUGGUUUAUGAUGUAUGCCAAAGGCAACGCGUUUCGCUGCAAUUAAAUUCUAAUUCAUGGAGUGUUGCACUUGAUUCGUAUGCGAAAAUGCUGCAAUUUUUUAUCGGAAAAGCUGGUACUGCUAAUGUUAGUCUUGCUGUCGAAUGUAUAGAGACUGUAAGGUAUUUUGUGAGUGAAUAUCAGCAAAAAUGUUUGCUAUCGGAUAAUGUUCAGUUAGUGAAAUUCCUUCUCCGAAUUGUUGACUGCUCUCAUGCACAGUUAGUUAGCUCGUCGUAUAGUAGUGGGAACCAAAGGUCUGCCGGGGCUACUGGAAAGGGAGUGUCUAAGUGUAGUAGUUUAUGGGAGGUUUAUACUGUUAUGUUUACUAUGCUUGGUGAAGUGUUUGAAAAAGUGGGGUCUUCUUUUUCUGCUGAUGUUUGGCAAUCUACGAUUGAGGUGCUUAGGAAAGUGAUGGAUGCCUUAGCAAUCAACAACUCGCUUUCUGAAGAUAUUGUUAUGUCCAGGUUUUAUUCUUCUCUUCUUAAUUGUCUACAUUUGGUUCUUGUGGAUCCUAAAGGUUCUCUUCAUGAUCAUGUUUCUGGUUUUGUCGCAACAUUACGAUUGUUCUUUAUUUAUGGCAUUAACAGUAGACAACAGUUUACAGCCUCACCGACUGUUAACAAGGAGAAGGAACUUAGUUUAGCGGGUCUUAAGUUGAAUUCUAAAGAACCUAUACGAAAAGAUAAUACUCCAUAUAGGCCUCCACACUUGCGCAAAAAAGAUAGUGUGUAUAUGAAACAGCCCAAAGCUCAGGAUUCUUUGUGUUUAUCUGAUCAUGAAUCUUCUGCAACCGAUUUCAUGUCAUCAGAUUCAGAUUGCAGUGAUAGUGAUGUAUCAGGGAAAGAUACUGAUGGUAUUCAAAGCUCAAAGGUUCGAGUUGCUGCCAUUGAAUGCAUACGGGAUCUUUGUCAAGCUGAUUCCAAGUCAUUUACUGCCCAAUGGACAAUGCUUUUGCCUACCAAUGAUGUACUGCUACAGAGGAAGUUUGAAGCAACUCUAAUGACGUGUUUGCUUUUUGACCCUUAUUUAAAGGUUCGGAUUGCAUCUGCGUCGACCGUGGUAGUUAUGCUGGAUGGGCCUUCAUCUGUUUUUCUGCAGGUGGCAGAGUACAAAGAAUCUACUAAAUGGGGAUCUUUUAUGGCCUUAUCAAGUUCCCUUGGACGGAUACUGAUGCAACUUCACACUGGUAUUCUGCACUUAAUCCAGCGUGAAACUCAUAGUCGACUGCUAGCAUCUGUGUUCAAGAUUCUAAUGCUUCUUAUAUCAUCUACACCAUAUUCUAGAAUGCCCAAAGAGUUGUUACCUAGAGCAAUUGCUUCUCUCUUGGAAAAGGCUGAGAAUGGGUUCCCUUUCAAAAGCAAUCAAACUGGCCUGCUGGCUAGCACUAUUAGCUGCUUGACUGCAGCUUUUUCAACCUCACCAUCAUCACCACAGGUCAAACAAAUGCUUUUAGAAGAAAUUUCCACAGGUGCAGUUGAGGCUGAGAAGAGGUCUGGUGUUAUUUUCACUAUAUUUAGGCUUUCUGAGCAAUUAACCAAUCCAACAAUAUGCUUUGAGACCCUCCAGACUCUUAGAGCUGUGAUUCACAGUUACCCCAACAUAGCAUCUGCUUGUUGGGAACGCGUUUCCAUCAUAGUCUCCAAAAUUUUGAGGGCAGCUUCUCUAGAAGCUCCUAUGAGGACGUGGAAGGGACAUGCAGGAGAUACUGUUGGCUUUAUCGGGGAAAAGAUUGUAACAGCUGCUAUUAAGGUUUUGGAUGAAUGUCUUCGUGCAAUAUCUGGAUUUAAAGGAACUGAAGAUAUUUUAGAUGAUAAGUUACUGGAUUCUCCAUUUACAUCUGAUUUUGUGAGGAUGAAGAAAGUAUCAUCAGCGCCAUCAUAUGAACCUGAGAGUGCAGAAGAUACCAAAGAUGAACAAAAAACAUAUCAUUCAGGAAGCGAACAUUGGUCUGAGGCAAUAGAGAAGCAUAUACCCCUGACAUUACGGCAUACUUCUCCCAUGGUAAGAACUGCAGCAAUAACUUGUUUCGCGGGUAUUACCUCUUCUGUAUUCUUCUCCCUUGCAAAGGAGAAACAGGAGUUCAUUGUUUCUUCUUUGAUCAAUGCUGUUAAUGAUGGGGUUCCUUCAGUUAGGUCAGCUGCUUGUCGAGGCAUUGGUGUAAUCUCUUGUUUUCUGCAAGUUCCACUGAGUGCAGAGAUCCUUGACAAGUUUAUCCAUGCUGUUGAGAUCAACACUCGGGAUCCCUUGGUCUCGGUGAGAAUAACUGCCUCAUGGGCUUUGGCAAACAUAUGUGAUUCCCUGCGUCACUGUAUUGAUGAAUUUCCCUUGAAAAAGUACACAGGCUCAAACACAAACCCUCAAUUAGUGGCGUUUUUAACUGAGUGUGCUUUGCGGCUAACAGAAGAUGGAGACAAGAUCAAAUCAAAUGCUGUAAGAGCUCUUGGAAAUCUUUCUAGAUUUGUCAAGUGUACAAAUUCUUCUGGUGUGCAUGAUAAGCCUGUGGGUUAUCUGGACUCAUCAAGCGACAAAAUUGAGAUGUUAUCAGAGAGGAGUAGUCUUCAACAUGCAUCAAAUUAUCGCUAUCCAACUUCAUUGGGAGACUCACAUUUGCUGGAGAAAAUGGUUCAAGCAUUCCUUUCUUGUGUUACAACUGGGAAUGUUAAGGUCCAGUGGAAUGUUUGUCAUGCGUUGAGUAACCUCUUUUUAAACGAGACACUAAGACUGCAAGAUAUGGAUUGGGCUCCAUCUGUUUUUAGUGUUCUCCUGCUACUACUACGGGAUUCUUCUAACUUUAAAAUCAGGAUACAAGCUGCUGCUGCUCUGGCUGUCCCAGCCUCAGCAUUUGAUUAUGGGAACUCCUUUUCGGAUGUUGUGCAAGGACUGGAACAUAUUCUUGAGAAUCUAGGUUCAGACCAGAUUUCAGCACCAUCAAAUUUUAAAUAUAGGGUUGCCCUUGAGAAGCAGGUAACAGCAACCAUGUUGCAUGUCCUUGGUCUCGCUUCAAGCACUGAUCACCAACCUCUGAAAGAUUUCCUUGUGAAAAAAGCCCCGUUUUUGGAGGAGUGGUUUAAGGGUCUAUGCUCCUCAUUUGGGGAGACAAGCUCACAGUCCGAGGCUGGAAGCUCCAUUGGGGACCAAAAGAAACAUAUGAUAUCCAAGGCAAUACAAUCCCUAAUCGAAGUGUACGAGAGCAGGAAUCACCAAUCGGCUGCUCAGAAAUUCGAGGAGUUGAGCAACAGCAUACAGUUGUAACACCUCUUUUACUUGGUCUUGGCUGGUUAUAUUUCAGGCUGUCGGAUUAAACAAUUUUGCAGUGGAUUCCGGCUCCGUGAUUGUUAAUGCUGCUGUAUGCGUUAUAAAGAAACCAGUGCUUGGAAUACUGUCGUGACUGUGAAGCAAGUUAGGUGGAGGAUGCCUGUACGAUGGAGAUUGCCGGGUUAUUGAUAGUGAAAUGCAUAAAUGGUCCAGCUAUUUCUGGUCCCUACAUGGGGUUUCCUUGUACUCUAUGCAAGGCAGCGUGUGAUGGGUUGUAAAUUAGCAAUGCUUUUGUCAGGUUACAAUGUCUUUCUUUUUAUUAUUAUUAAUUUUUUUGACAGUUUUGCAAUAUACUUGAUGUGAGCAAUACUCAAUGGAUAUGCUGUGGGCAAUGCCUAAGCAAUCAUAGUUCUAAAA